ACCAUCAUGAAUGUCCCCGAGCCUUGCAUUCCUUAACCAAUUCCUUUUUCCCCCUCUUCAAGAUUUCGUUACUGAAUACACAGGCAAACUUUAUUCCAUUUUACGCUUCAUUCCAGUCUAACCUAAAAGCCAAGAACAUCAAAGACAUUAAUAUGACUACCAACCACUUCUCGAAAGUUGUCCCUGUUGCGAAGAAGUAUGCAGCUAUCUUGUUCGAUUUGGACGGUACCCUUAUUGACUCUACGCCUGCGGUAAUCGCACACUGGAAGCAGUUUGGAAAAGACUAUGGUAUCGAUCCAGCCUUGAUCCUUGCCACAUCUCACGGACGACGAACGAUCGACAUCGUCAAGCAGUGGAGACCAGAGCUUGCAAACAUGGACUAUGUCCGUGAGGUCGAAGGCCGGAUCCCGAAAGAGCAUGCAACGGAUGCGAAGGAACUGCCCGGCGCCAGAACAUUAGUAUCGUCGCUCAAUAAGACCGGAGCAAAGUGGGCCAUCGUGACCUCGGGAACCUCAGCCCUAGCAGAACCAUGGAUCAAGCUCAUGGGGCUCCCACGCCCAGAAGUUUUUGUGACUGCCGACAAAGUCGCCAAUGGAAAGCCAGAUCCGGAAGGUUAUCUCCUGGCCCGUGAGCAACUGGGCCUUUCUAUGGCCGCAGGUUCUCUCGCAGACGUGCUCGUGGUAGAAGACGCACCCGCCGGGAUCCGUGCUGGGAAGGCAGCCGGCUGCGAUGUCCUCGCGCUGCUCACCACACACUCAUGUGAAGAGGUUGAGGCGGCGGGCGCAGACUUUGUAGUCGAGGAUCUAGAAAGCGUGGAGUGGGUGGGGAAGGACGAGGAUGGUGUUUUGCUCCUGAUAAACCCUUCUCCUCCGCCGACGGCUUUUGCGCUCCCGUUGGAGGCGAACCCGGUCAAUGAAGUAGUGCCCAAUUAGAUAUUCGAGUAGAGGGGGGGAUGUUUCUGCGAUCUUCAGAGGGGAUCAGGAACAGAUAUCUUUUUGUUACCCCACUUUGACGAACUCACUUUCUUUCCCGCCAAAUACCCCUGUUCAUCAUCACCCGCCGGUUUUCAUCGUGCUGAAGACCGUAACUGAAAGAGGAGGCGCUUUCACACGAUUCAAUAAUAUUUAUGUACGAGAAAGAUAGAGAGAAUCUUUCGUGGGCCCCGAAGGGUGGGGGGGAAAAUGGGAUGACAACUAUGUGGAAAUAUAUUCAAUUCAGAUUUA